AGAAGAGCUUCAGGUUGUGUUGAGUGAUGUGAUAUCCGCCCUCCUCAUCUAAAAUACCAGAAUAUUCUCCCUAAUCCCCCGCCAUUAAAUUCCUCAACAUCUGUCUUCUGUAAUGAAUACACGAUAAACUCGACAGUCCGGUUGUUUACGGGUUUCUCACUGUCUGUUAGUUUGGUGUGUAUUUCCUCGUGAAUGGGUUGAACCAAAAACCUCACAGGCAGAGACUUCCUUUGAUUUGGGCACCGGGCUAUAAAGCCUUUCUACAGACAUCUCCAGUUAAAGACAGUUCACAAUCCCCCCUUUAUAAAAAAAAACUUUGCGUCCCUACAAUAAAAGACGACAGCAGCAGCUCCAUUUAAAAUGCCUCUUGGAUUGGGCCGCAGAAAGAAAGCAUCUCCUCUGGUAGAGAAUGAGGAGGCAGAACCGAUCCGAGCCGGGCUGAACGUCUCAGGCCUGGAUAGGCUGGAUGGUAGUGGGGUCAGCCUGGGCGGAGGAGCGACCCAGGAGGGCCUGCCACCUCCACCGACCAGCCUACGUCCUCGUCUGAUCUUCCACACCCAGCUGGCUCACGGCAGCCCCACCGGUCGCAUCGAGGGCUUCAGCAACGUGCGUGAACUGUAUGCCAAGAUAGGAGAGGCUUUUGGGAUACCUCCAACGGAGGUAAUGUUUUGCACACUGAACACUCACAAAGUGGAUAUGGACAAACUCUUGGGUGGCCAGAUUGGUUUGGAGGACUUUAUAUUCGCUCACGUGAAGGGCCAGAGGAAAGAGGUGGAUGUCUUUAAAGGAGAAGAUGCCCUUGGGCUCACCAUCACUGACAAUGGAGCUGGCUAUGCUUUUAUCAAGAGAAUCAGAGAAGGCAGCACUAUUGAUCAGAUCCAAGUCAUCAACGUUGGUGACAUGAUCGAGUCGAUCAAUGGGCAGAUACUCAUCGGCUGUCGCCACUAUGAGGUUGCCAAAAUGCUGAAGGAAUUACCUAAAGGAAAAACCUUUGUCUUGAAGAUGGUGGAACCUUUGAAAGCAUUCGACAUGAUCAGUCAGCGCUCUGGAAGCAGGUCGGGCUCGGCACAGUUAGGAACAGGCAGAGGAACAUUGCGUCUGAGAUCUAAAGGACCGGCCACUGUGGAGGAACUGCCCUCAGCAUUUGAAGAAAAAGCUAUUGAGAAAGUGGAUGAUCUUUUGGAGAGCUACAUGGGCAUUAGAGACAGUGAACUUGCGGCCACGAUGGUGGAACUCGGCAAGGAUAAAAAGAACCCGGAUGAGUUUGCCGAAGCUUUGGAUGAGACUCUUGGUGACUUUGCAUUUCCAGAUGAGUUUGUGUUCGAUGUAUGGGGCGCCAUAGGCGACGCGAAGGUCGGCCGCGUGUAACUCUAAAAACACUACUUUUAGGAAAACUUUAGAUUUUUUUUGGGAGCUGUUUUUAAGAUCGCCGGUAGUUCCUCUGUAGUUUUUUUUAAGCUGGAUAAAGACAUAAUGUUGAAUGACGUAUUGAAGCUGUAUUUAGAUUUGCUCAAGUCGAGUCUUACUAGUUUUAAAGUUGAGUGAUGAGAUGAAUUGAAGAUGUUUACCUCGAUUCUGCCAUCCCUGCGAUGUUAUUCUGUUACAUACUGUGACUUUCACUUGCACUGUAUUCAUUGCACGCUAUGGCACAGCAGCCAGAACACACAGUGCAGACUGAUAUAUAGACGCUGUGCUGCUCUGCGACCUCCAUUGUGUGCAUCUGCCCUGUCCUGUUACAAAGUUAUGGACCAUUUGUGUUAUCAACACUACAGUGCGAUGAUUCCCGCAAGCAUGUGCUGUCUUAUGUGUUACGUUCUCUUUUAUAUGAAGGAUUUAAAGUGGCUUUGAAAUCGUGGUGGUGAAUUGUACGUUGCAACUGCUUCCAAGGAACCUCUAGUGCUUUACAUUCCCAGUUCUGUGACUUCCGUUGAAAUAGCUGUUGGGAAAAACUAUCGUAGGAGAGUGGUGAUGUACCUUCUAAUGCCAAACAUGAGAUCAUCUUUCUGUUAAAGCAGUAUUAGUAAGUAUUAGGAACAGUAAUUCAGCUGUUACAUUAUUUAUCAUUUUUACAUUUGAUGGAGAGAAUAUGGAGGACAUGUAGGGUUGGGUGAGAUUUUUAAAAAUGUUUACUGCGCGAAUUUUGUAGGCAUAAUGUGUUAAAGCAACACUAUGUAGUUUCCAUGUAAAAAUGACUUACAGCUCCCCCAUGUGGUUGAAAAGUGCAACAUUGCCUGGUAUCAGACACUCUUCUGCAGGCAGGGGAGGGCGGGGCUGUGUUUCCUACCCUCCACCGCCACUUUCAGAGUGUGCUUGUAGCAGCUAGGAGGCUGCUCAGGUUGCAGCAACAGUACAAUUUGUCCAGUUAAAAGUUGUUCUAUCACUGAAAUAAUUUUAGAGACAUUAUUUAAAGGUAAAAAAAACUACAUAGUGUUCCUUUAAACUAAACACAAGAAUACAAUUUACUCAUUUUCAUUCAUAUGCACCAAAAAACUAUUGUAAUAUAAAGCAGUAUUAACCUACAUAAAGUAUAUUUUACUACGUCAUUUUUUUACAUACCGAAACUAAUAUCUUUGAACAUUUUUGAGUGAUAAUACAAAUCUAAGUUUCGAAUUAAUUCAUUGAGUGCAUUCACAUGCACAGUCUUACAUCGAUUAUGCUUAAUGAACUGAUAACGUGUGGGGUCAUGUAAACGCGUAAAACGGUUUUCCUUUAUCAGGGAAAGCCCAUAAACGGCAUAAGCAAAAACCAAUCGGCACAGGUAGUUUUUUGCUCAUUACGUCGAUUUCGCGUGGCAUGUAAACACCUUAACAGGCUUUCUCACGGUUUUGUCCAUGUGCGCAUGUCUCGGCGUAUGAAAGAUAAACGUCACAUGCGGAAGUAAGUGCAAAGUAACGCAUAAAAGUCUCUGCUCGACUAAAGCAGUUGGUAGAGAAACUGAGAAAAUAGAAGCUAAUGUUACAUUUACAGGUUCUGCAGACCCGAGAAGAGAUACAACAAUACAGCUUAAGACAGAUAUGCUGUCGGCUUUUCGAAUGACUUUAAUCUACUAUAGGUGGUGACGGCACUGCCUGCGAGAAAACUGAUAAUUCUUCAAGUCCCAUUUUAACGCAGUUGUCUGCAUAGCCGGUUUAUUGAUUUGCAUGUAAACGCAUGAAAACAGUUUUCUAUAAUAAGCAGAUUUUUGAUAGUUAUCCACUUAUUCUGUGCAUGUAAAAACGUACUCAUUGAGUCAUUAGCUGGUUUCCAUUACAGAUUUGCGCAAAAAAUUUCCAAUGUUUAUUGCGAAUUGACAACGUUUCCGUUAAUUGACGUUAUGCGACUAAAACGUACGUUUUUAGCAAUAAGUCAUUAAAAAACAUGCUGGUAGGUUUAUGUGUAUCGCAGCUAUAGCACUAGCCGUUAUUUUUAAUCAAAGAUAACGCAAACGCUUGAAUGUUUUUUUGCCCCUUAUAAUUGUUAGCAAUUUCUAGGAGGUUAUAGUACACACUUUCGCUUCCUUAAGUCAUGUGAUCUGUAAAUGCGAAAAACUAUUUUCAUUUAGCAACAUACAUUUCUUUUUUAGACUGACCUGAAAACCACCUCAUACAAGCUUUUUUUGGCGAUAUAUGUGAAUUUUUCAGAAAUUGACUCUGUUACAUUUAGCUAAUUUACGUUAUUUCAAUUUGCACAAUUGACCCUUUGCUAAACCCCGCCCUCCUUAGUUACUGUUGCUAUGCCUGACAAGCUUUUGCGCCUGGCAAGUCUAUUACAGUAUGUUUGCGCCGGUGUCAGACAUUCCAAAGGAGAUAAUUAUUAAUUUUUGGCGAACAGGGGAAAUUUUUGAGAGAGCAUAACAAAAGGGAGUGCAGUAUGCAUUCGAGGGAUAUAUCCAAGAUAUCCAUAAUAGCGACGCGAAGUGUCAGUUAGAAGCAUAAUUGAAACAACUACUCAAUCAACAGUCCAAAUGAAUUAACGAAAAUUAUUCAAACUCUAAGAGCAUUUUUGCUGCUGAGAGGAAUCAUGAAACUUGGACAAAUAUAAUCUGCAUUACAAUCCUAUUCAGAUGCUGCUUUGUUGGAUAUCACCCAACCCUAUGUAAAUCCCAAAGUGAAUUAAGUGGUUUUACAAAAAUGUAGGGCUGGAUAACGAUUAAUCGCGACUAAUCGGUUGUAAAAUAAAAGUUUUGUUCAUAUAUAAAUAUAUAUAAAUAUAAAAUAAAAUUUGUGUAUAUUUAUAUAUAAAAUAUAAUUAUACACAGAACUCACACAUAUAUAUGAUGUGAACAAAAACUUUUAUUUUACAACCGAUUAGUCGCAAUUAAUUGUUAGGCAGCCCUACAAAAAUGACACUACAUUCUAUAAGUGUUUAAAAUGUGUAGCUGUUGUGCACGAGUUUAUUGUUACAACUCUUUUUUUCUUCUUCUUUUAUUUAACCAGGCAGUUCAACACUGUAGUAUUCCACAUCUGUAUCAUCAAAGCAUGUUUAAAAUGUAAAAUAUACGGAUCAUGUUAAAACGUCAAACUUUAUAUUUCGUUUAUUAUUUAGCCGAGUGUUUUAUCUUCUUGCUGAUCUGGUUUUGGUGUUACUUUUUACAUGCUGUAAAGCUACGAGUGUAGCUUUGAAUUUAUAGUUGAUGUUAUGGUUUUAAUGGUUUCAUGUUAAACUGUACUACCUUUAUGGCAAUAAUCAUGAUAGGAGUCUGGUUUUAUUUCAGGCAGCAAUAGUAUUGCACCAAGUUGUAUUGUUAGAUGAGUUUCUCAGUACUAUUAAAGUAAAGAAAAUGA